AUGCUUUCCAAAGCGCCCAAGAUGGUGUAUUCAUUCGUGCCGGCCGUGGUGAUUAUCCUUGGAUUAGUAUCGUUUUCCCAUUCAAUCGCGCUCAACGGUACGCCGGCCACCGGAGAUGGCGGCAACAUUAAUAAAGCGGCCAGCGUAAACUCGCCCCAGCCUGCGCUCGAAGGCGCGCUGACGGCGGUCCUGCCGGACGAACCGAACGCCGACACCGUACGGUUCGAUGCGCUCACGCUCGAGGAUCAGGUGCGGCUGCUGUCGAAGCAGCUGAAUGCACUGACGUAUCAGCGGCGCGAGGACUACAAGAUGCUCGAGAACAGUCUGAAAAAGUACGUGCGCAAGAAUGCGGCCGAAAUCACGGACGCUCAGAUACGGGAGGAGUUGGAUCAGUUAAGGGAGGACGUUAAUCAGCUGCGGGAAGCGAGCUCGCCGAGCAAAGAACGGCUCACCGUACAGUGGCUAUCGCAGUCGAUAUCCGAGAUUCGGUCGGAGCUUGCCGAACUGCAGACUUCGUUCGGCGGUGGCUCCAAGGAUGCUCAGUUCCGCAAUCAGCUGCUGGAAGACCUCAGCACGCUACGGACCGAAUUCGGCACGGCAAAGUUGGAGCUAGAAUCGCUACGUUCGCGCCAAGAAAAGACGGAAGUGCUGGUACGGGAGCUACAGGAGGAAGCGGUCCAGAGUGCUGAUGAUAUCCGGCGCAGUCUAAACAUGCGACAAGGAAAGGAUGGCACAUCUGCCCAGAGAGAUAAAUCGAUCCUACCCCACACGAUCGAUUUCGUCGAGCCGGAAGCGGACCAUCGGAUGCGUCAUCAGCGCUUUAUGCGACAGCAGCUGCACGAGCUUGAGGUGAAGCAAAGCGUCAUGAAGCGACAACUGAGCGAACUGCACGGCCACCGGCUGGCGGAUCGGUUGCGUAGCGUCGAAAUCGAACAGCGGCGGCUGGCAAGCGCUAGCUUCAACGUAAGCCGCCAGAUCGCGGGCCUUGAUAAGCUGCACGGUUCGAUGCUGGAGCUGCUCGAGGACGUCGAAGCGAUACAGGGCAAGUUCGAAAAGACGGUACCGGAUAUGAGGCGGGAAAUUGCGAAAGUAGAGUUUGGCGUGGCACAGGCCGCUUCCGAGCAGGGGUUAGUGCGGGAAGAGGUACAUAAUGCAGCGAAAAGCAUUCAGGCGAUGGCGGUCAGUGUGAGUGCACUGCAGGAAGAGCGCGACACGGUCAAGCGGUUACAGGGUGAGGUGCACGAGCUGAAGGAUGAGCUUGCAAGGAUUCGAUCGGCGUCCGUACUACACCGGGAAAUGGCACACAAUCGGCUCGAGAAGCUUGAGGCUGGCUCGAAGUCCGAUUACAACGGGAGUACGGCUGCACCGCACCGAACGCUUACCGAGCUAGAGCGUACGACCAAGCUCGUACAGCAGCUCGAAUCCGUGGAGAACGAGUACGAGUCCAUCAUCAACAAGCUGCCACGGGACUGCAGCCAGAUCGAACGGAUGCGCACCGCCGGUACGGUAAACCAGCCGGGCGACGGUGGUUUGUAUCUAAUAGCGCCCGCAGAACAGCAUCACCCGCUAAUGACACAAUGCUUCGGCGAGUGGACGACGGUACAGCGCCGCCAGGACGGUACCGUUGACUUUAACCGAUCGUGGGAAGAGUACGCCCAAGGUUUCGGUACACCGGCCGGCGAGUUUUGGAUCGGUAAUCAGGCACUGCACCACCUCACGCAGGACAACUGCUCCCGGUUGCGUAUCGUCAUGCAGGAUAUCUACGACAAUACCUGGUUCGCGGACUACGCCACCUUCCGGAUCGAUUCGCGGGAUGCCGGAUUUCGGCUAGAUUUGGGCGGGUACAGUGGAAACGCGUCCGAUGCGUUCGAGUACCAGAAUCAUAUGCAGUUUUCCGCGAUUGACGUCGAUCGGGACAUCUCGAACACGCACUGUGCCGGUAACUACGAGGGUGGCUGGUGGUUCUCGCACUGUCAGCAUGCGAACCUGAACGGGCGGUACAACCUCGGGCUUACCUGGUUCGAUGCGUCCCGAAAUGAGUGGAUUGCGGUUAAAUCGAGCCACAUGAUGAUUGCCCGCCGCACCGAGUGUGAUGCAAACGUAACGGAGCUUCCGGUCGUGCAACAGCCAGUUACGAGCGGGCUUGCAUCGGCGGUCGUUCCUUCAACGCCUUCCGAUGCGUCCCGGAGUCUGCACGGCACACGGCAGCAGUAUAGCACAACCACAGCUCCAACGUACUCUUAAGUCAUCCUGCCGCUAAUAA